CCACCCAACCCCAGGGCUUGUUAUGAUUGAUAUGCUUAUUUGUUUAGUCCGGAUGGAUUAUUUUAGUGAAGUCUCUCCUGCCACAGUGUUCAGCCUCUGACAUGCCUGCAGAAAGUGUUGUGGGGAGAGAUCCUGCAUGGGUGUGCCAACAGCAGUCCUAAGAUGGCAGCAGCUUUGUUGGGGCUCUCCUCUUUGCCUGACUACACCCAGCUUUUAAACUCCAGUAAUGUUAGCUAACUCCUCUAUUGCUCUCAACAAGGCCUGGGGCAUACAUUGCUCUACAGAGUAAGCCAAUCAAAUUGUGGCUUCUCCAAAGGAAGAGUUUCCAGGGUCGCUGUUUGGUUAGUUUGUCCUAACCCCAGGAAGCCCUCCCAGCUGUGUUUGACCUUGGGUCCCUCCUACAAAGCAGCUGGCCACAGUUCAGCCUGUAGCUUGAUUCUGCUGCCAGCUGUCUUUGAUCACAGCCUCUACUCAUCUUGAGAGACCCUUAGGCUUGAACCUCUCCACACUCUGUUCCAAAUGAAGUCAGUACUUUUGGGAAGACUUAGGAGCUGUCUGUCUUGUUGCCUCCCUCUCCUCAUAAACAGUGUAUCUGAGCCAGGGCUCUGUGGUUGGGGACAAUGACAUGCUUUUCUCUGAAUUAUUCACUGGCUCUAAGAGCUUGUGGAGAGUUGUUGGGGGCAGGCAGAAAGCAGCCUAUGAUCCGUGGCUUGCCUUCCCUGGCCUGGAAGGACAAGGGGGAUGGGGUCCCAGUCUUCUUAGUGUGCUGCACCCAAGAUGGCACCUCCAUUCCACAAGCAAGGUCUGGACAGGAUGAGAAGCACUGCUGUGCUGCUUCUGGACGGAAAGCCCAGCUCAGAGUCAGGGGCAGGGGAGGAGGUGGUUGGCUGCACCUGAAUGGCACCCGAAUACCAGAGACUCUCACCCUUCUUGCCGAAUUCUCACAGCUCACAGGUGGAGUGCGAUCUUCAGCACGUCUGAGAGCUCGAAGUUGUUCAACAGCUGGGUUGGCCUCUGCCCAGGACAUCGCCGGCUCCACGUCUGCCAAAACAACAUGUCUGACUACACACAAAGCCACAGAGAGGCGCACUUCUAAGAAGUUCAAGUAUGAUAAAGGUCAUCUUGUGAAGUCAGAAUUACAGAAACUAGUCCCUAAAAGUGAUAGUGGUUCUUUGCCAAAAGUAACACCUGAGACCCCCUGUGAAAAUAAAUUUGCCGAAGAUGAUACAUUGCUUCCAGACAGUGCAGCUAGUUCCUCUACACAACAGGAGACUGCAGGCCUUCCUCUCAGCCACUGCAGAGCUGUGAGUGACACGGGCUUAAAAAAGACUGAAGACAGCCCCUCUGUGCCGAAACACACCAGUUCAGGAGCAGAAGACUCUAACAGUAACUCCACCCAGUGGGACAAGUCAGCACUGGAAACAGAGGGAGUCCAGAGGUCAUCACUCCAGCUGGACAGCACUGUCUUUCUAGAUGAGGACAGCAACCAGCCAAUGCCAGUGAGCCGAUUCUUUGGAAACGUGGAGCUCAUGCAGGACCUGCCACCAGCAUCUUCAUCUUGUCCUUCAAUGAGCAGACGAGAAUUCCGAAAAAUGCACUUCAGAGCCAAAGAUGAUGAUGAGGAGGAGGAUGAUGCAGAAAUGUAGAAAAAACACAAAAUUUUU